UUAUGCAAUCUUCGACCCGCCCCUUCUCGUGGAUAUCUUUUCAAAAUGGCAGGAAUAGUCAGGAAAAUUGUGAAAGUUUCAACUGCUCCUUCAGCUAUUGGCCCUUACAGCCAGGCAGUGAUAGCUGGGAACACAAUGUAUCUCUCUGGACAGAUUGGUCUCAUUCCAGACACCAAGAAAAUGAUUGAAGGAGGAAUCGAAGCAGAGACCGAACAGGCAAUGAAAAAUAUGGGAGAAGUUCUCAAAAGCCAAGGACUCUCCUACAAUAAUGUUGUAAAGACGACCGUUCUUAUGGCUGACCUGAAUGAUUUUCAGAAGAUGAAUGCCAUUUAUGCUAAAUAUUUUCCAAAGAACUUUCCUGCCAGGGCCGCGUAUCAAGUAGCACGGAUCCCAUUGGAUGGUCGAGUAGAGAUUGAAGCUGUUGCAGUUCUUGGUCAUAUCGUGGAUGAUGUGAGUCACCUGUGAAUUAAUGUCAUCUAAAAUCAUUAAAUUUGUUCUAAUUACGCCGUAUCAUGCCUUUAAAUUGUAUCGAAUCCUCCGCAGAGACAUUAUCUAUAUAUUUUGAAUGAAAUAUACACCACCAGAUUGUAGUAGAUUGUUCUUUCUCUGAAUAUAUCAGUAUUAGAUCAAUCAUCAAUCAAUGAUUAUUACCGGUAUAGGAAAUUCAGCAUUCAAUGUUUUUCAGUUCUACAUGUACACUAUACUGAAAUAUAUUGGCCCGAUUUCACAAAGGUGGUUUUGAAAACCCACGAUUGUGUCCAUGGUUUAUGCAGAUUUCCUGUAUAAAUUAUGCUUAUUUACUGUGUAUAUUAAAAAAUGUCCAAUGCUGAUGUCCGCUUUUGUCACAGUGCGCCAAAUUGACGCCUGUUGCCGUGGUUAUCCACGCUAUUUUAUUCAUGAGUCCACUGUUUUGAAUAAUGAGUCCACUCUUCAAACAGUUGACUCAUGAAUAAAAUAGCGUAUCUAACCAUGGUAUUAGGCGUCACUUUGGCGCACUGUGACAAAAGCACGCAUCAGCAUUGGACAUUUUUUAUACACGAGCCCGAUUCGCGCUAAAUUGAGCAUAAUUUAUACAGGAAAUGUGCAUAUUCCAUGGACUCAACGGUGGGUUUUCAAAACCACCUUUGUGAAUUCGGGCCUAGGAAUAUCCUGUGGAUUACAUUCGUCAGGGAUGCAUUGCCAAAAAACAGCAUUCUUUAUCAAAGACCAAGUUAUUUGGAAUUCAAUCCCUUCUCAUAUUCAUUUAUGCCCUUCGGUAUCUGUCUUUAAAAUAAAAUACAAAAAUUUUUAUCAUCAAAUUCCUAGACUUAUUUCUGGCUCUCUCUCCCAUCUGGUUUAGGUUUUAGUGCAGGGUUUUUUUUUUUUGGGGGGGGGGAGGGGGGUAACCUGAAAUUGUUUAAUGGUAUUUUAUUAUCAGUACUCUUUGUUAUGAGGUUGGCCUAACACAAGGUAUCUACCUUUUCAGGCAUUCCUUCCUCAUUUACUUUUAAUUUAUUUGAUGCAGGGUUGGCAAUUUCACGUUUAUUUGAUUUAAAUCAGAUUUUUAAGAUUUAAAUCAGAUUUUUAUAUUUUUGAAUUGUUUUAAACAAAUUUUUUUUAAAACAAAGUGCAAACACCAAAAAUAUAAUAUCCCUUACACUGCCAUCAUCGUUAAUAUCAUACAUUUCAUCGCUACAUGUAAAAUUAUUCUUAACUUCUAUUAUAUUUCAUAAUUAAAAUGCAGUCAAAAUAAUAUGUAAGUCUUGAUGAAGAUGCUGUUUUCUGCAUCCGCUGGUGUACAAUGUAGGGUAUUAAGCUCCUACUGACUGGUUUGGUCCAAGUUGAGGAACCGCCUUGGUACAGCUAAUACUGCAAAGUUAAUGUUCCUAUUUAAAACUCUUAACAUAAAAUGAGGAUCAGUUUCUUUGGAAGAAUUCCAUGACUCACAGACUCGCAUUCUCCAAAGAGAAACAUUCUUGAUAUUCAAUCCAAAGACUGUCAUAACUUCUUUCUUAAUGACGUAGUGGCAUCACGUGGGUAGACUAUGACAUGCCAAAGUGCCUCGAAAUUUGAAACUUAUAAUCUUACGUAAUCAAUCAUAGAAGUUGAAAUUACAUUGCAAAACAGGUGUGAUAGAUCAUUUAAUAAUAAUUGUUAUACACAGAAACUAUAAAAGCUGUUGGUAAAACGCAACAAAACCAUUCAUUUUGAAAUAGUAAAAUAAUGGAAUUGAUAAAGAUUCUACCACGUCAGGUCAUCCAUAAAUGGACUCAUAUUCGUUGUUUUCAGACCCGUAUCAACAUCUUGAUAACUUCUAUCUCUAAUUUAUGAAAAGAAUUUAUCAAAUCGUGUGAUUCGGUAUCUAUAGAUUUCUAAAAUCUAUGUUAAACUAUUUUUGAUGAUGUUUGGAACCAUGAAUAAACAUAUAAUUAUCAUUAUUUUACAACGAAAAUCAUUGUGGUUUACUUCCCUAAACUAUUAAAAUUAACUAUCCCGGGGGUACCCAUCUCAACGUCCACAUGUUUUUUCAAGUCAUGAAAUGAAUUAUUCAUAAUUUAAUUUUCUCAGCAAUUGCAUAUGCUCCAGUCUUCAUGGUUUCAGUAUGCAUGGUAAAUAUUUUGCCUCUGCUAUUAUUUUGAUGAUGUAUUUCCAAAUUAAUCACAAUAAUUGCAGUUUUAUCAUAUUUUUGCGUUUUAAAAAUUAUGCUAUUUUGUGACUAAGGCUACGUCUCGUCUACUCUUUCUGCUGAUAGUAUCGAUAUCAAUGGAUUCUAGUUAGGAAGGCUUUCGUGAAACAGGUUUAGUAAGAUUGGAACUAACUCCGUGGUUGGUGGAUAAAGAUAUGACUAUCUUGUCCCGGUGUUGAGAAACGGGCCCCAGGCUUAUAAUAGUGUAAUUUCUGGGUCUAUUCUUUUUAUUCCUUUUUUUUUAUACAUAUUUUUUGUUCUGGAGUACCAUUGCUAUAGAUAUGAACAAAUUGUUUGUCUUAAAGAGCAAUAUACAAGAGACAUACUUUAGAGUCUUAAGUUAUGAUUUUUUUCAGUUAAACAAUACUUUAUUUCCAAAAAGUAUGUGUGAUACGUAAUGAGUUUGAUGACAUUAAAAAAAUAAGGAAGUCAUUUUUCUAUCAACAAAGAAGAAUUUCGCAGGGAAAGUCCACUGAUAAAAGUGGAGUAGCUAGGGGGCUAAGUGUUGACCACUUAUAAGCUACAUGCAAGAUUAGCAUUAUUUAUUGACCAGUUCAAUUGUUUUGAGUAGAUAUGAAGGAUUUAUUCAUGUUUUGAUGACAUUUAGGUUAUUUUGAGUAAAAAAUAAAAUAAAACUGUCACAAAUAAAAAAAAUUGUCGGUCAUUUUUACACAUUUCAAUGGAAGUGAUUUAAAUCAAUGAUUUAAAAAAAAUUAUAGUGUUUUAAAUCGCGAUUUAAAUCAUGAUUUGAAUAUAUGUGAUUUAAAUCAGCCAACCCUGAUUUGAUGUACAUUGUUAUAGAGCGUUUUACAUUGUUUAUGGAAUGUAUUUUUAUCUGAUUUGUCAGAAGAAAGAGAUGAAACUUCAAACUUGAAAAGUUGGUGCAUUUAUUGGAUCCAUGACAUUUGCUCCGGCGACAAUUGCUCCGCUCUAAAUUCCACACUAAUCCAGAGGCGGAUCAAGGGAUUUUCCCAAAGGGGGGUAAAUUUUCGGAGAAAAAUUUUGACAAGCCAAAAAAAAAAGGUUUUCAACCACAAAUCAAGAAUAUUUCGUACCCAAAAAAUUUGACAAGGUCUUCAACUUCAAAACAGGGGGCACACCACUGCCCCCCCCCCCUUUCUGCGCCUGCUAAUAAAAUGACCAACUUCAACCCUGGGUUUAACCCUAAACCUAACCCAAAACCAAACAUACCCUGUUGCAACCCUAACCCUGCAUCUUACGAAAUAAAGCCCAGAGCAAUUGUUGCAGGAGCAAAUAUCGUCUCACUAUAUUUACAUGUAAUUAAACGCAACUCGGGAUCAAAUGCAAGUCCCCAAUUCAUGCCUCUGAUUGGUUGGAAAUCUUGCAGUGUUUGUUUUUUAGUGUUGUCUUUGAUCGCAACUCUAUCUGGGACUAGGCCCUGAUCAUGGUCAGCGGGGCACAUGCUAUGUUAAACAACUUUAUAGGGAGGAAGAGCACCCUAAUUCCGCCACCCCCCCCCCCCCCGUAUAUUCCACAAAUUACAAUAUUCAAAAUAGUGCAUGUACAACGUUGUGAGUUUCAGAAUGAUAUACAUAUGAUUAUGUAUCUGUAGUUUCUUUUAUCUCUAGUCUUCCACUAAUAGCGCUUUCACUGCCUUUAUUUGUGUUAUGUGUGGGAGGUGACGAUGUAUGUGUGGGGGGGGGGGCGGGGGAAGGGGGGUCAACACUUGCAAAUUAGUUUCAUGAUAAGAAAUGUUUUGAUCUGUGGGUAGUAAAAAAAAUUGAAGAAUUCCCCCCUCCCCCCUUUUAUCUUGAUAUUUGUUUAUGUACAUCAAGGGGUGUUGCAAGAAAAAAAAAUGCAAUAAAUCGCAAAUUUUGUAUGCAAAUAUGCAACUGAUAGAUCAAUGCAGUGCUUCCACUCUUCCCGAAAUCCAGGAAAUUCCGGGAAGUCUUGCUAUUUUUCAAGAUCAUUUUCAGGGAGUGAGAAAUUCUGGGAAGUUAUUUCUAGGAAUGAUAUUAUUUUCUGAACAUUUACAUCAAAAGCUAUCUCAAAAUUGGAUCUUUGUAAUGAAAAUGUCAAAAAUUUUGCUCGCUUGCUUCGCUCGCUCUCAAUUCUUUUACCCGAUAUGUCUUUGGUCAUAUUUUGCCCCUCAAAAUUGUUGGCUCAUCACGGCACUGGGCCCUAUAUUUCAUCUUUUUUUUUGUAUAGAAGAGAAGUAUAACAUCUAAUAUGAAAGACUGAGAUAAUUCUGAGAUAUUUUGUUAAAUUCCAGGAACUUUCAGAGUAAAUUCCAGGUUUCGUUUUGAAAAGUGGAAGCACUGGAUCAACGCUAACUAAAGCAAAUAAAUUCAUACUUGUUGAUGCAAGAAGUAGACCAUCUAUCAAUUGCAAAUUUGCAAUGAAAUACAUGACUUGCAAUUGAUGUUUGGACCUAAACUUGAUUUGCAAUCAAUUGCAAGUUCUUACAAAACUCCAUUAGUGACAACUUCCUGUGGUGCAUACAGUACUGAGCAUCUGAUGAUAGGGCAGCUUUUACCUCGGUCACAUUUGCUCUACGGCGGCCGUACGGCGAGUGGAAAACAGCCGUUUUAUUCAUUUUUGUUCAAACCACCCAUAUAUGCUGGUACAAAAAAUGUUAAAACGGCUGUUUUUCGACUCACCGUACGGCCGCCGGAGAGCAAAUGUGACCGAGGUAUUAACGAUGCUUUUAGUAUUUUAAAAAUGUGCAAAUAAUCUUGUGAGCAUUCACUGGGUUUUAAUGUGUGUAUUUCAUGAUUUUUGCUUAUUUAUUGAAACAAAUUGAGACAUUCACUUCCAUGCAGUAAUUCGAUGGAAUGAAUGUGUAGUCAUAGACUCAUAUUAGAUAAUGACAGAUUUUCAUGGGGGAUAUUUUGAUAACAAUGUACAUGUAUUUUAUCACUCACAUUUGGCCUAUUGCCCUUCUUAAUUUUCGAUAGGCUUUGUUCUUUGUACACAAACAUUUUAUGUAAGUCAAUUUGUAAAAUAGCUAUUAAAAUGACUAGCGAUAAGUAUAAGGGUCAAUCGUAUGCUACUAUCUAUUCAGUCAUAUUCGAAAAUGAUUUUUAUAGUCAUGCUUGACUAAACUAGUCAUAUCUGACUUGAAUGAAGAAGGAUGUAUGCUACUAUUUAUUUAGUCAUUUUCAAAAACUAUUAUAGUCACAUUUGGCUACUAACCCAUUUAUUUCUGACUAGAAUAUACAUGUAGAAGGAUGAGUCCUAUUUUUUUCAGUCAUUUUCUGACUAGAAUACAGAAGGAUAGAACCUACACAUUAACCUUAUGUCUUUUAGUUACACGAAUUGACCCUAAAUCUAGUCAUGCUAGAUGGUUUGAUUUUAGAUGGAAGUUUUCUGUAUGCUGCAAAAUGAUGUCAGUGUGAACAAUUCUAAUUUUAUGUGUAUUUUAGAUCUCAUUUGAUGGUUAAAACUAUUUGGAUAUGCUGAGAUUGUUUUAAUGGCAUUUUAUCCUGGGCAUUCAAUACUUAUUCUUUGACAAAUACCUUUUUUUUUCUUCAAAUAUAUAAAUUCAUAUAUGCGUCUGGAUAAUCUUUGCUUUUAUUAAAUCAUGUAUGAAAUAUUGUUCAUUCUACAAA